AUGUCCGACCCCAAGCGACCUCGUUUGGACGAGGCUGCAUCAGGGCCGGGUGUGAAUCAGCCGGAAGUUGACCUUGGUGCCUCCUUCGAUGCCAGACGCCGUGCCAGUCGGAGUGAAUCUCGACGCCGGUAUGAAUGUACAUAUCCCGGUUGUGGGCGACACUAUUCACGUGCAGAACACCUCUAUCGCCACCAGCUGAAUCAUAAUCCAAAGGAGAUCUACAAGUGCAACUAUCCAGGUUGCACCCGGACCUUUGUGCGACAGGAUCUCUGCAUUCGACACAGGGAACGUCACGACAAUCGAGGAAAGUCGCACUCCAGCUCGCGAGCGCGCAAUGGUCCUCUGUCGCCAAGGUCCUCUGGGAGCGAUGAAGCUAUUCUGGAUCAUGGAUCACCAGCUUCCAACCCUAUGCAUUCACAAGAUCUGUCACGGACUUCAUUCUCGGCAGCAUCUCCUUUUAAACCCACAGACCUUCAAGCUACCAUUCAACCAUCAAGACCAGAGUCAAACACGAUCAACGGCCAUGUUACUUCACCCAGCUUCGUCCAUCUGCGCCAUACCUCUCCUCAGAACAAUCUUGACCCUGGGUUCCAAGCCAGCGCACCAAACGGCAGUCACUCUCUGUCUAAAAUGUCCUCCGUCGGGUCGUGGUCUCUCCAAAAAUCGCACAGACUUCCUGAUGGCGUGUUUGACAAUCUUGAUCCUGCAGUCCUGAACAAAGCAACAUCACCCUCGAAUGGCAUCAUGGCGCCGACAACUAGAGAGCAACAAGCACAAGACAAAUCCACCACAGCAUAUUCCAUACCCAGUCUUGCCGAGCAGACGUUUAAUGAAUCUCCGAUAUCGGUCAGGGACGAAUUUACGGCUUGGUUGUUUGACGAUGCUGGGGGAAUGCAUACAGCUCCAUUUACUGUAGCUGGUCAAGCAGGUAUCGGCCUUGCAGGCCCAAUCGACAGCUUCGGCAACGCUGGGUACCCGGAUUAUUUUGCCGAUCCUGUAUUGGACAAUGCUUACCCUGGGAUGGAACAGCCGCGGUCGACAGUGCCUGUGACCAAAGUGCCGGAGCUCAGCGGAGACAGCAAUUUGUUGUCGCAGGCUAAACGAAAGGCCUUGGUUGAGUUGUUGGAAUACCGGUUCAGCGAGGGAGACAAUCCAGUUGUCAGACAGCUACGGGAGGAGAUCUUCCAAGGCAACAUCGAUGCCGAGGACCACGUCCUCAGUAUCCGGUCGAUGCGACACUACAUUGGGUCCUACUGGUACCAUUUCCACGCGCAGAUGCCUAUUCUCCACCAACCGACCUUCUCGGCGGACGACAUCCAUGAAUACCUCCUUUUAGCCGUGAUGGCCAUUGGUGCUGCAUAUCUAAACAAAGCACAUGGUCGAGCAGUGACAGAUGCUGCUGCCCGGCUAGCCACCUUUAUUGCCUGGCAUCUGCGAUGGCAGGUAUUCAUGCACAACGAUUUCCAUCCUCCAGCCAAAUUAUGGGUGUUCCAAACACUACUCCUUUUGGAGGUCUACGAAAAGAUGAACGCGAACAGACUACUCCACGAGCGCUCGCACAUGCACUACGCCACUACCAUCAACUUGAUGCGACGAGGGACGGCUCUGAUAGAGACGGCUAGUCAAGAUUCUUUGCGAAUGCCUUCAACCCCAGACGAAUGGUGGAGUCGUUGGAUCACGGCAGAAGCUACCCGCCGCGCGGCCUAUGCAGCCUUUUAUCUUGACGCCGUCCACGCCACCAUGUUUGGCCAUGCAGCCAUGAUGGUUGUCCACGAGAUCCGAUUACCCCUGCCUUGUGAUGAUGCUCUUUGGUCGGCAACCUCUGCGGCUGAAGUCGUUCGGGUGGAAGCCAGCUUACAUGCCAACGGGAUCAAACCCACCACAUUCCUCGAAGGACUGAAGAAGAUACUAACGGGUCGGAAAGUCCGGACGAACAAUUUUGGCCGGAUGAUCCUGAUGGCGGGUCUGCUUUCGGUCUCUUGGCACAUGCAUCAACGAGAUUUACAGGUUUCCAGUCUGGGAGUGUCGCAAACGAUGGGUGUCCCAGAUGGUUGGAGAAAUCCACUCACAAAAGCGUUUGACUUCUGGAAACGCGACUUUGACGAAAACAUGGAACACAUGCGAAGAGCCACUCUUCCCUGGCAAAAGAACGAUACUAUAUCUGGCGACGAUGACAUGGCCAAGACGGCCGAUGUGCUGUACCACUUAAGCCAUAUUGCCAUGCACGUUGAUAUUAUGGAAUGCCAGAUCUUUGCCGGCGUCAAGCGACUGUUCGGCCGGACCAUCACCAACGCCGACUACGAACGAGUCAAGUGCAAGGUCUUUGACUGGGCCAAAGGCGGCAGUGCCAAAAUCGGCGUAUGGCAUGCCCUUCAACUACUGCGGUCAGUACUUCUCCCCGGCACAAAUGGUGGUAGUCCCAGGAGCUUGUACAAUGCCCGUGACGACCACUUGAUGGUCAGGCCGUGGUCAUUGUACUACGCGGCGCUGGUGGUCUGGUCGUACGGGUUCGCCAUGGAUGGUGUCCUCCGACCAUUUCCUAGUCUCCUCCAGCCUGCCGCCUCACCAGGAGCUACAUCGGUACUCUCGCAUAGCUCCAACCAUUCCACGCUCAACGUGGCCAGUGACGGGGGUGAGAUGCAGGUCGAAGCUGUGGUCAAGGAUGCACAAGCAUUCCUACAGACGGUGGGUGCGGUCCAAUCUCCACAGCAGCUUGACUUGAUUAAGGAUGGGCGCAACAAUAUCGUCGGAGUGUUGGCCAUUUUGGAAGCCGCAUUUCGUGACUCCAGAUGGGAGUUGUUACAUGAAGCGGCGGAUCUGUUGCAUAACGCUCUCAUGCUGUUGAGAGGUGCUUGUCGGUCAUAG